AUGGAAUCAAGGGCUGAGCGACGUAUUAAAGCAAUUCAAGGACAUUUGGUUCCCGCUACCGAUGAAUCAUUAAUAAGGAUCUCUGCAAAUCCCACCGCCGGCGAAUUCUUUAAAGGUCAGAGGUAUAGUGUAGUUAUUCCUGAGAAAUUGCAGACCGGUAAAUGGAAUGUAUACAGAUCCGCACUUUCUCCUUUGAAGCUUGUUGACAGUUUUCCAAAUCAUGCUGAAAUCGUCACAUUGCAUGAUAACUUUGUGCACGCAGUUGAAACUUUCCAGGAUUACAAAUACUUGGGUACACGUAUUCGGAUUGAUGGAACCAUAGGAGAAUACAAAUGGAUGACAUAUGGAGAGGUAGGCAUUGCUCGAUCAGCACUAGGCUCAGGACUCCGCCAUUUUGGACUACAACCAGGAGCUUGCAUUGGACUUUACUUUAUAAAUAGACCAGAAUGGUUGAUUGUUGAUCAUGCCUGCUCUGCAUAUUCGUUCACUUCAGUUCCUUUAUACGAUACGCUUGGUCCUGAAGCUGUUAAGUUUAUUGUGAAUCAUGCUGAUGUACAGGCCAUAUUUUGUGUGACCAGUACUCUAAACACUUUGCUAAGCUUCCUAUCGGAGAUUCCAUCUGUACGCAUAAUAGUGGGCCAAAGUAAUAUAUAUCCAUUUUGCCCUCCCAAGCCUGAAGACAUAGCCACUAUAUGCUAUACUAGCGGUACUACCGGGACACCAAAGGGAGUUGUUUUGUCACACAGCAACUUGAUUGCAAGUAUUGCAGGCGCGACCCUUUCAAUCAAAUUUCAUCCCUCAGACAUAUAUAUAUCCUAUCUUCCCCUGGCACACAUCUAUGAACGAGCUAAUCAGAUUUUGUCAGUGUACUAUGGUGUAGCUGUUGGCUUCUACCAGGGGGAUAACAUGAAGUUGAUGGAUGAUUUAGCUGCUUUAAGACCCACAAUAUUUUCCAGUGUUCCUCGACUAUACAACAGAAUAUACGCUGGGAUAGCCAAUGCUGUAAAGACUUCCGGUGUUCUAAAGGAGAGGCUAUUUAAUGCAGCCUACAAUUCAAAGAAGCAAGCUGUAAUGAGUGGUAGAAAACCAUCACCAAUGUGGGAUAGAUUGGUCUUCAAUAAAAUAAAAGACAAACUUGGAGGGCGUGUCCGUCUGAUGACUUCAGGUGCUUCACCACUGUCUCCUGAUGUCAUGGAGUUUUUAAGGGUAUGCUUUGACUGUCCACUUCUUGAAGGAUAUGGUAUGACAGAGACUUCAUGUGUCAUUAGCUCUAUGGACGAAAGUGACACCUUAACUGGUCAUGUUGGUUCUCCCAAUCCUGCUUGUGAAAUAAAGCUGGUAGAUGUUCCUGAGAUGAAUUACACUUCAGAAGAUCUACCACAUCCUCGUGGGGAGAUCUGUGUUAGAGGUCCCACCAUUUUCCAAGGCUAUUACAAAGAUGAAGUCCAGACGAGAGAAGUAAUUGAUGAUGAAGGUUGGCUGCACACAGGGGAUAUUGGAUUAUGGCUACCCGGUGGACGUCUUAAGAUUAUUGAUAGGAAAAAGAACAUUUUUAAGUUGGCCCAGGGCGAGUACAUAGCACCAGAGAAAAUUGAGAAUGUAUACGCCAAGUGCAAAUUUGUUGUGCAGUGCUUCGUGUAUGGUGAUAGCUUGAACUCCAGUUUAGUUGCAGUAGUCUGUGUGGAGCCAGAUGUGUUAAAGGAUUGGGCCACAUCAGAAGGCAUUAAGUAUGAAGAUUUAGGGCAACUAUGCAAUGAUCCGAGAGCAAGGGCUGCCGUUCUUGCUGAGAUGGAUGCUGUAGGAAAGGAAGCUCAGUUGAGAGGUUUCGAAUUCGUGAAAGCUGUCACCUUGGUGAUUGAGCCAUUUACAUUAGAGAAUGGAUUGUUAACUCCGACAUUUAAGAUAAAGAGGCCCCAAGCGAAGGCCUACUUCGCCAAAGCAAUAUCUGACAUGUAUGCCGAGCUUUCAACAUCUGAUGCACCAAAAAGGAUGCUAUGA